AUGGCUGAUUCCAUGAUGUCUGAAGUCGCGCCUGCGGUCGAGCCCUCUCCAGUGAAGGCUCGCCCUUUCGGCAGAACUAAAUCUGUUAGUGAGCUUCUUGGCGGAGGGAAAGUUGCCGACAUUUUGCUCUGGAAGGAAUGGAAGUCGAGCUCUGCAAUCCUUCUGUCUGUCGUCGCCCUGUGGUUCUUUUUUGAACGGUCGGGGAUGACUCUUCUCACAUUGGCCGCUGAUGGCUUAAUGAUCGUGGUCACAACCUUCUUCCUUUGGGCUCAAGUGGCUUCCUUCUUGAACAAGUCUGGGCCCCCACUCCCGGAACUCAAGGUUUCUGAGGACUCAAUCAGCAAGUCGGCGAUCUAUAUCCGCGACGAGAUCAACACAAUGUUGAAGCUUGCACACGACGUCGCCCUCGGAAAGGACUACCUCCUCUUUGCCAAGGUUCUCGCCGCACUUUACGUGGUCGCAGUUGUUGGUGCCUGGUUCCACUUUCUCACCCUCGUCUUGAUUGCUAUCGUCACCGCCUUCUCUCUGCCCGCUCUGUAUGACAAGUUCGAGGACCAGGUGGACGAGCAUCUCGAGAAGGUUUUGGCAGAAGUGGAUAAGAUCUACAAGCUGGCUGAUGAGAAGAUCCGGGCAGCGCUUUUGGCGCCUCCAUCCUCCCGCAAAGUUGUCAUCCUGUUUCGGUCAACGGGUGAUGCACCCAUAUUGAAACAAUCCAAAUUCAAGAUUGCAGCAGGGGAGCGCUUUUCAAAGGUCAUUGAGUUUCUCAGGCGACAACUGCAUCGUGAAACUCUGUUUUUGUACGUCAACAGUGCCUUCUCUCCAUCGCCAGAUGACCUCAUAGCUGACCUUGCUGAUGCAUUUUCAGUCGAUGGGAAGUUAAUUGUGAACUAUGCAUGCACACAUGCGUGGGGUUAA